AUGUCCACACCAGCCGAGACCGACGUAACAGCAGAGAACGUAGCUACCCUCCUCCAAUACGAUACAAAGGUCAAACUUGCCGGCGUCGACGCAGACGGCAUCCUGCGCGGGAAAUUAGUCUCUAAGAAGAAAUUCCUCUCAAUCGCAGAAGCUGGAUUCGGAUUCUGUUCCGUCAUCUUUGGUUGGGAUAUGCACGACCGCACUUAUUUCAAGGAACUGAGCAUCAGCAAUAAGGAGAAUGGAUAUCGUGAUCUAUUGGCGAUUCCUGAUUUGAAGUCGUUUAGACGUAUUCCGUGGGAGGAUAAUGUUCCUUUUUUCCUUGUGAGCUUUUUUGAUCCCGAGACGAAGAGGCCGAUUAGUGCUUGUCCGAGGAAUUUGCUUCAGGCGUCGGUGAAUAAGUUGGCCUCGCUGGAUUAUAAGGCUAUGGCAGGAGCCGAGUAUGAAUUUUACCAAUUCCGAGUUCCACACGAUACAUCGAGCAGUGAGCGAAACUCUUCGGCAACCGCGGCCUUCCUGAAGAACAAUCCCGUUGAAUCACUACCUCCGCUCACGGAAGGUAUGUUUGGAUACAGUAUUACCAGACCCGUGCACAAUCAAGAUUAUUAUUACGGCAUCUUCGAUGCAUGUGAGCAAUUUCGUUGCGAUCUUGAAGGAUGGCAUACAGAGAGCGGACCGGGCGUAUUUGAGGCUGCUUUGCAGUUUGGCGAAAUUAAGGAGAUGGCUGAUCGAGCUGGGCUGUUCAAAUAUGUGGUAAAGUCCCUCGGAAGUAAACAUGGGAUAACACCAGCGUUUAUGGCGAAACCCCGGGAAGGAUUACCGGGUAACAGCGGUCAUAUGCAUGUCUCUAUUGUUUCCAAAGAGGGCAAGAAUUUGUUUGCGCGUGAUACAGUCGACCCGUCACCGCCGUAUCCCGAAGUCGCCCAUUUAUCAGACAUGGGGAGACAUUUCCUGGCUGGUCUUCUUGAAGGUCUACCAGAUAUCAUGCCUAUACUGGCACCUACCAUUAACUCCUACAAGCGAUUAGUCGAAAACUUCUGGGCUCCCGUCACCGUAUCCUGGGGUCUCGAACACCGCGCAGCAUCGAUCCGAUUGAUAUCGCCACCCACAGCCAGCGCGAAAGCAACACGAUUCGAAGUCCGUGUUCCCGGCGCAGACGCUAAUCCGCACUAUGUCCUCGCAGCAAUCCUGGCGACUGGAUGGCGAGGAGUAGAGAAGAAACUCGAAAUCCCACUCUCUCCGUUGGGUAAAGGUGAAGAUACGGGCAGCACGAGUGAUAAGGGCGCUCGAUUGGCCAAGUCACUCAAGGAAGCGAAUGAGAUUUUCCGCAGACCGGGCAGUAUUGCGCGUGAGGUGUUUGGCGAUGAGUUUGUGGAUCAUUUUAGCGGUACGAGGGAGCAUGAGAUUGUGCUUUGGGAGGAGGCGGUUACGGAUUGGGAAGUGAGACGGUAUAUAGAGACAGUGUAGGUGUUGACUGGAUUUCGUUUAGCGUACUCUGUAUAUUCAUCGUAUUACUAUCGAGCGAGCAGAUUGGAGCACCAAUUCCA